AUGGACGCGGAGGCUGAUCAUCCUCUAGCACUGCUGCUGGGUGUUGGAAAGCAGAAUGCUCCUCCGUGGAGUCCAGGCCCUGACCCGAGAAGUGCUCAGCUGCCUCUCAUUGGCCAAGCAUGGGUCUUGAUCGUCUUAGUCGCUGCAUACUUGCUUGCUGUCGCCAUAGGGCCGCGGCUGAUGGAGAAGCGCCAAGCAUGGAAUGUCAACCGUGCUAUGCAGAUCUAUAACUGCGGCAUGACUUUACUUAGCCUCUACAUGGCUGUCGAGUUGCCAAUGUCUGGAUUUUCCAACAACCAGGCUGUCUCAUGUGCACCUAUUGGUCAUGAUUUAGCCCCGUCUGACUACCGGGUGGCACGUGUGAUCUGGCUCUACUUCUUUUCGAAAAUCAUCGAGUUUGCCGACACCAUCUUCAUGAUCGUCAGGAAGAAGAACUCGCAGGUGACGUUUCUCCAUGUCUACCACCAUGCUUCAAUCACAGUUGUGUGGUGGGCUGUGGCCCGCUGGAUGCCCGGUGGGAGCAGCAGCUAUGAGCCAGUUUUGAACUGCGUCGUCCACGUGUUCAUGUAUGCCUAUUACUUUCUGGCAUCUCUCGGCGAUUGGAUAAAACCAUACCUGUGGUGGAAGUGCUACCUCACCCAGCUGCAGAUGGUACAGUUUGCCACCUUGAUUCUCCACUCUGGCCUCAUAGCAGCUUUGAACUGCGGCUAUCCGCGCAACUUUGCCAUAUUUGUCAUGCUCUACAUGCUGUCAUUUCUGCUGCUCUUCUAUAGCUUCUACAACAAGUGUUAUUCAUCAUGUCAAUCUAGGCACUUGGUAUCCGCUCCCACUGCUGCUCGAUCCACUGACAACUCCUAUAAAAACAAAUAG